AUGACAAUUACACUUGAAUCAAUACCAGAAGAACUCAAAACAGAUAAGCAGGUGACUCCAUUCAUCAUCCGAUCAUUGGAAUUAUCUCAACCAAAUCCAAUAAUUUCAUAUUAUUGUAAGAUUUAUGUCCUUGAAUAUAUUUUAGAUAAUAAAUUACAUACAAAAUCAAAAGAAAUUGAAACAUUCACAAUCUUGUUAUUAGAUGAGACUGAAUCAAUUAAGAAAUCAACCGAAGAUGAAGAAUUACAUAAAGUAUUACAAAAUCUGAAUUUAUCUAUUCAGAUUGUUAUUUCAUUUAGUUAUAAAUUAUUCAAUUCUUGUCUUGAGAAUUUAAAUAAUUUAACCAGAUCAACUAAUAAAGAUGCCUUGAUUGGGAAAUUUAGAGCUACUUUGAAUUUCUUAAGUUUAGUUUCGGUAUUUAAAGGUGCUGAAGGGAUUGAUUGGGGGAAAUUAAGUGGUGGUAAGGCUGAAAAUUGGCAAGAUUUUGACGCAUUGAAUAAACAAAAGAUUAAGGUUUUGAAAUAUCAAUUAUCAAGAUUGAUUAAAGGAGAGGUUGAAUAUAAAGGUGAGCCAAAUGAUCAAGAAUUGGAAGAUGAAUUAAAUAAAGAAUUGGGAGAGAUAACCGGUAAGGAUACUGAAGUCGGCGUAGACGACAUAGAAAAUGAAGAUGAGGAUGAAACUAACAAGGGAGAUGGUGAUUAUCAUUCUGAUCAUGAUGAUGGCGAUGACGGGGGAUUUAAAAUGCCAGGUGCUCCAAGCUCUGCUCCCGCAAAUGAUCUACCAAAUUUCAUCGAUCUCGAGGAUGAACCACCAAAACUUCCACAAACCCCUGAUUUCGUUGAUGAAAAAGAAGAAACCGAUGUCAAUUUACCAGGUGCCCCUCAUUUUGCUCCUUCUGAUUCCGAAAAUGAAACUGAUCUGGUGAAAUUACCAGGUGCUCCAAAAUAUUUACCUGAUGAUGAUAUUACCCAUAUUAACAAAAGUUCUUCCAUCCAGGUCUUCCCACCCGAGCAUCACCAGUCACCUAGAGAGUCUAGGUCUAGUGGCCAUCAACAGCGUUCUCCUCCUCCAGCAGUAAGACGUUCUUCAGCUUCGAGACAUCCUCCAAUUACAAAAGAAACAAUCAAACAGAUUUUAAAUCGUGAUGAAACAAUUUCUCAAGUCCAAAAACAUGCGAAAUUUGCUCAAUCUGCAUUACAAUUUGAAGAUUUUGAAGAAGCGGAGAAACAAUUGACAAAAGGGUUGGAAUUGUUGCAAGUAUUAAGAAAGCAAGAAGCAGAGGAAGAUGAGAGAUAUAGAUAA